AGAAGAAGAAGAAGAAGAAAUACGACGAACCGAACGAAGGGAAAAGGAUCGAGUUGCCUUCUCUUCUUUACGUUCCAUGGUACUCGUCUUCGAGGUGCCGGAACACGUGUUCCGCAAUAUUUUGUGAGGAUGCGUAGAAAAAGAGACGUGCGACGAGACGUGGUGAAUCGAACGAAAAGGAAGAGAUGCCUGUACGCGCGACCGUUUCCCUCGACGCUCGCGGACAAGUGGAUAACAAAAACGACCAACGACUAGUAGUCCUCCGCUUUCGGCCACAUCGUAUUUCUCGAUCGUUUCAGUGCCCCUCGCGUGAAAAUUUUUCUUCGCUGAAAGAAGCGAGCGAGGUUCUUCUACGAUAAAACAAAGUCAGACGUUCUAGCUGAAACGGAAGGUUCGGGCAAAACUCGAGGAGGAUAAAGGAGAGGCAAAGAGAGAUCGUACGGGGAAGUUAAAUGUUGCAUGAGCUUCGAGGAAGAAGAACCGAGCUGAGAUUCCCGGUAGCGAUUAAGCCCUCCGACGGAAAUAACGUACGAUCGGACCUGCGAGAAGGAUUUUUCGAUCUGCGGCGCGCGCGCGCGGGAGACAGACGGAGCGAGAGAGAAAGAGAGAAAGCAACGCGUAACGCGCGAAAAGAGCGACACCUUCGCGUCCGUGGAAUUCCGAAGAGGCGAACGCGUUAUCUGCCGAAAGGAUCGAUCUCCGGCCGUCUGUAAAAGGCGGACGACGCAAAGACAAGAAGAUGGACAAGGUGGUGGCGACAAGAAACGUUCGACUCUCUCGUCACCGCCUUAAGGACGUAUCGAACCUUUCUUUUUCCAAGUUCGAGAGCGCGUUACCGCACGCGCGCUCGCGCGCUCACUUAUCGACGCGACCGCGACGCCUCGGAACAUUUCGGUUUCCCUAUCGCUAGACUCGUACCACUAGAAAUCGACGAGACGACGUAGACGAUGAUAACGUAGAGAGUCGUUCGUUCCCGAGAACGAGGAAGGAGUCGCUUGUCACCGGUUAUCUAUCGACGUACCCCAGAGAAGGGAGCGUCGAACCCUUUUCAAGCGUUCGAAACUAAACGGUUGCUCGAACGAACUCGGCUCCACAGCUCGCCCGAAAACGAAACCCCCGUCUUUCUCAUCCUUUCUCUCCUACCAUUACAUCUUCGUGGCUCAGCCACUUCUUCCCAGGGAUUCGCGGGACUAACAACAUUCCUUUUGCUUCACGAGAUAUCGACUUUCCCACAGUCGCCUACGGAAAUUGAGCAUCUUUCGACGACGACGACGACGACGACGACGACGACGACGACGACGACGACGAGGCAUCCUUCUUUUGAUUAUCGUUAUUUGGAAGAAAAAUAACAAGAAGAAGAAAUUCGUAGGAGAAAUAAAAGGUCGGAGAACGUCUCCGUUUACCGCGAAUUCUUGUAAAUAUUCUCGAUCGCGUACCGUUCGCACCGAUCGGGAGAAAGACCGAGAGAGAGAGAGAGAGAGAGAGAGGGAAAGAGGCUACUCCAAGUUUGAAAAAAGAAGCGAGAAAAGAGGGAAGUCAGCAUCGUUAGCCAAUUCAUUUAUUCGCGGUGGCUCGACGCUCGUCCAGCAUAAUCCGUCGAUUUGUCGGCGCGGCGUGUCCCGUGUAAUGCCGCUUCUUGCCGCUUGUAAUCGAGGAGAGGGAAAGAGAGACAUAGAGCGAGAGAACGAGCGAGAGGACGAGGCGAAGAAAAGACGCGUCGCACUGACUAUAUGUGAACGACCGUAAGAAAAGCACGCUGAUCGUGCGAGCGAGCGAGUCUGGCGACUAUCUCUCUCUCUCUCUCUCUCUCUCUCUCUCGGUCGAUCGCUCGCUCGCACAGUCGCUUUUGCUAGUCGCUUUGUCCACCGUCGCGAGUUUAUUGGUACGACAGGGCGCUAAAUUAUUGAUGCUCGACUGCACGCCACUUCGAAAGAAGAAGAAGAAGAAGAAGAAGAAGCAGCAGGAGAAGGGUGAGGAUGAGGGAGAAGAGGAGAGAAGAGAGAAGGUGGAGUCGAGGGAGGAAAGGACGCAACUCGGCCCGUGAUUUCAGAAAAACUUUUUCGUGCUAUUCGCCUCGACUCGUCCCCUCUCUUCUUUUUCUCCUUUCUCAUUUCCAUCCUCAUCCGACUUUUCUACCCGUCCCUUUCUCACUCUGUCGCGCGCGUACGCAUCCAAGAGGGGGACCAGAACUCGCGCUCUUUAAAAGGGUAAGAAGGUUGGAGAGAAGGUCGUCCAAGUACGCUUUGUGGGAAAGUUUCGCGCGCGAACCUAAUGAGAGGUUUUUAAAUGGAUCAACGAGAAGAGGAGAGAAAAGCUUCGUUACUCGUCGACACGGCGGCGAUCGAUCUCUUGUACGGAGGAAUUCAUUUCCUCGAGGGUGACACCACAACGUCGAAAGACAUUGGCGAAAUAUCGCCGACUGGAAACUAGACUCGAGACUUUCAACGAUGAUCCGAUUAGAGAGCUUUCGCGGAGAGAGCUUUUCGUGCCGGUGAAGCUUAUCAACUGCGCGGUGGAAGAACGGACGGAGGAACGUUGAAGAAGAAACGAGAUAAAGGAGUCUGUAGGCGAAGCGUAAAAUGGUAAAAAAAGAAAUAUGAGGAGGAUAAAGGAAAAAACAACGAAUGAGUAACGACGUAAAGGAAUAACGUAGGAAGAUAAGUAAGAAGCAUCCUUGAUUAACGAUUCUUCGUGGAAGGACGAAGUGCGAACGAUCGCUACGAUUCUUUAUCAUAAAACCCGUAUAUUAGUUCUAUCUAGGUAUGCCGUGCGGAUCCGUAUAUACGUUAAAUAAUCUUACGUAAUCCCCGAGAUCCGAUAAAUGGGAUAUGUACCCACCUACGAUGUUUCCGUAGCCCCACAAGUACCCCGCAUGACCAUCAUCGUCGUAGAACUGUUUCGCCAGAGAGAGAGAGAGAGAGAGAGAGAGAGAGAGAAAGGAAAAAGGGGAGAAAACGAAUUUAGACCUUAUUCGACCGUCGAACGGACGACGAAUGGCAAAAAAUGCUCUUCGCUAAACUCUAAUUAUUCCGUUUCGAGUAAUUAUAUAAUCGUUUUGUAAUCGGCAUAACUAAUAUUUUUCGACGACGAGUAACAACGGAGAAGAAAUCUCAUUUUCCUUGUCUUUCGUUCGUUCUCCGACAUCUUGGCUUCUUGAAGUUGUCGAAGUUUUCGGGAGGAAGGUCAAAUAGACGGAGAAUCGUUCGCGCGAUGGACGAAUACGAUUACGACGGAAGAGGAAGAUCCGCCGGUGCCGGGAGACGCCCCGGGAAGUCUCGUGAUCCGGAGGAAGAGGACGAUUUCGUUAUACGCGAGAAGAACACGAGUGAUCAUGGUACUCUUCAACGAUUGGACAGCAUGCAAGACCCGGAAAAGAGAUAUGCUCUCAAAGAAGUCAUUGGUUCUGGAGUUUGCGGCGACGUUUACGAGGCGAUCGACCAACAAGCCGGCAACAAAAAAGUGGCGAUUAAGAUACAAAAGCUUACGCCGGAGACGCAGGCCUUGAUCGUCGAAGAAUACAGGGUAUUGCGAGAUUUCGCGGGACAUCCUAACCUUCCAGAUUUUUAUGGAAUUUAUCGAAGGAGAUCGGGAAAGAAGACGGAAUACGAUAAAAUAUGGCUCGUCAUGGAGCUCUGCGAAGGCGGAUCCGUAAUGGACUUGGUGAGAGGUCUCAUCGCUUCGAACAAAAAGAUGCGCGAGAAACACAUAGCUUAUAUACUUAAGGAGGUAAUCAAGGCGUUGAUACAUCUACACGAAAACAACGUCAUUCACCGAGACGUUCGCGGCAGCAAUGUACUUUUGACGAAGGAGGGCGAAGUCAGACUGAUAGAUUUCGGUCUUUCGAGGAUGAUAAAGGGCGAGCUUGGUAGGAGAAACAGUUGUAUAGGCUCGCCGAAUUGGAUGGCGCCUGAAGUAGUGACCAGUAAGACUGGUGGCUCUGAUAGCGGAUACGGAAGUCGCGUGGACGUCUGGGCGAUCGGCAUAAUGGCGAUAGAAUUAGCAGACGGCAGACCACCCUUUCAAGAUAUGCAUCCUACUCGCGCACUCUUUCAAAUCGUAAGAAAUCCACCGCCGACCCUCUACAGACAGUCCAAUUGGUCGCAAAAUUUUAACGACUUUAUUUCGGAAUGUCUAGAAAAAAAUCCUGACAACAGACCGUUCAUGGCCGAAAUCAUUGAACAUCCUUUCCUAGCAGAAUUACCGGAAAACGAUUAUUUGCUGACCCAAGAAAUUAAAGCAUUGGCUAUGGACGUUUUGGAGAAGGGCAAAGCGGGUAGGCAGCCGGAAGCGAUCGUUCGAAAAAAUUUGUUAAAGACUCAUCAAACCAAUCCGCCGGAAGCGAUGUUCACCGAGGAUCUUGCAGCCCUCGAAGUUUUGACGGAGGACGCGAUCUUGGACGAGUUGCAGGAGAGACUACAGCAGGGCCACUUUCAUACGUUCGUCGGGGACAUUCUUCUCAUACUAAAUCCCAACGAGGAUUACGAUAUUUACGGAGCUCAGGAUCAUACGAAGUAUCAAUGCAAAUCACGUUCCGACAAUGCACCUCACAUUUACUCCAUCGCAGAUAGCGCUUAUCAAGACGUCCUUCACAACGAGGAACCUCAACACAUUUUGUUCGCCGGCGAGAGUAAUUCGGGCAAAACGACCAACAUGUUGCAUGCCAUCGAACAUCUCAUGUUCCUCGGAAAGAGCUUGCAAGACACCGGAGCUAGAUUGAUGAAAGCUUUGAAGGUGAUUCAUGUAUUUAGCAACGCCGCGACACCUCUCAAUCCAAACUCGACGAGAUGCGUGCUACAGACACAAACGACGUACGGUUCCUCCGGGAAAGCAUCCGGAGCGAUAUUUUGGCUCUAUCAAUUGGAAAAGUGGCGCGUUUCGACGCGCGACAAGAAUCAAUCGAAUUUUCAUAUAUUUUAUUACUUUUACGAUGGCCUCGACGCGGCUGGAAAAUUAAGACAAUACAAUCUUCCAAGCGGAAGGAGAAUGCGAUAUCUUCGAAUCGGCGAAAAGGGAAACGAACGAAAGCGAUCGUUUAAAGUAAGAAACGAUCCCGAUGGAAACGUAACUAGAUUCGGAGUUAUGAAAGAGAAUCUAAAAAUCAUGGAGAUGGAGGAAUACUUUGACACGAUGUGGAAGAUAUUAGCGGCCAUCUUGUUACUCGGAGAAAUUAGAUUCGUCGAAGAUAGUAACGGUGAGGCCGAAAUGGAUAGCAAUGAAACGGCAAACAAAGUCGCGGAAUUGCUCGGUCUGGAUCAAAAAAAGUUUUCUUGGGCUUUGAUCAACUAUUGCCUAAUUAGAAAAGGAGCGGCCAUUCGCAAAAAGCAUACGUGCGAGGAGGCAAGAGAGGCAAGGGACGUCUUGGCGAAUACGAUUUAUCAACGAUUCGUCGAUUGGCUCAUUAACAUGAUGAACCUCAAAUUCACGGUGACUCGUACUCUUUUCGGUGACAAGUACUCCAUAAGCGUGCUCGAUCUCUUUGGUUUCGAGUGUUUCGCGGUGAAUCGCAUCGAACAAUUGUUCGUGAAUACCACCAACGAACAGAUGCAAUGCCAUUACAAUCAACGAAUAUUCGCAUGGGAAAUGCAAGAGCAAGAAGAAGAGGAUAUAAAGGUACAAAAAUUCCAUUUCUACGACAACAAGGACGCGAUCGAUCGGCUGAUGGAAAAGGACAAUGGAUUGUUUCGCAUUAUAGACGACGCAUCGAGACAACUCCAGGACGUUCAAUAUAUUUUCGAAAAGAUAAAACAAGAAAUACAAGGGACACAUAUAAAACAAAUAAGCUCGCACGAAUUUACCAUAGCCCAUUACACCGGGAAACUCGUUUACGACGCGAGCGAGAUCUCCGAGAAAAAUCGCGACUUUGUUCCGCCGGAGAUGAUCGAAACACUGAGACAUUCCUCUUUCGAUGUCGUCAAAGAUAUGUUCACGAACAAGCUAACGAAAGCUGGUAAUCUUACGAUAGUGGUGGAUAAACAGAAAACAGAGGAGGAGAAGAAAAUGCCGAAAAGUAAAUGGGGAGCUAUCAUACAAGAGAAUAUAAAACUUAGGAAAUACAACACUGCUUCGAAGGGACAAUAUUCGCAAACUCGCAAGAUGAGAACCUGCGCGGCGACAUUUCGAUCCACCAGUCUCGAAAUUUUGAAGAGCCUCCUGGUGGGCGGUGGAAACGGUGGUAUACACUUCGUCAGAUGCAUUCGUGCCGAUCUCGAGGGUAUACCACAAGGUUUUUAUCGCGACGUAGUCAGGCAACAAAUCAGAGCAUUGGCCGUAUUAGACACCGCCAAGGCUAGACAACGAGGCUACCCAUACAGAAUAACCUUUCAGGAAUUCCUUCGAAGAUACAAAUUUUUGGCCUUUGACUUUGACGAGAACGUAGAGAUAACUAAGGACAAUUGUCGACUGCUUUUAGUAAGAUUAAAAAUGGAAGGAUGGAUCAUCGGGAAAACUAAAGUAUUUCUAAAGUAUUACAACGAGGAAUAUUUAUCGCGAUUGUACGAGACCCAAGUGAAGAAAAUCGUCAAGGUACAAUGCAUGAUGAGAGCGUUCUUGGCGCGCAAGAACAUUGCGAGCAAAGUCAUCAACCUGAAGAAACAAGUUGUGAAGAAAGUGUCGAUAAGGAAGAAGGAGCCGUCGAUGGAUAUGACGCAAGAGGAAGCAGCGCUGAUGAUACAGAAAGCAUACAGGGGCCACAUAGUGAGGAAGGAAAUGACUCCGUUGCUGAAGGGGGAUAUGGAACAGGAGACGAAGGACUUCAUCAAAUUCUACAGCAGCAAAUGGAGGUCGAAGAGCAUAUUCCAAGUCCUCCUACGUUACCGUGCAGCCCGCUAUCAAGACCUCGUGCAAUUUUCGCAACAAGUACACCUGUUCAAUCAAGCGAUAGCGGGGACGCUGGAAGCGACGAAUGAACGAGUACCCUUAGAUAAAAUCGACCCUGGCAUUAAAGCAUCCACAUACUUAGGCCAGAUGAAACCACCCCAAGUUCACAAGCUACCCUUCGACAUUUAUCACGAUAUGCCAUACUUCGAUACGAGUUAUAUGAACAAUCCCACGGGGAAAAAGAAGAGCGCAGGAUCCAUGUCGACCUCGGUGUCUGACGACGAGCACGAGCCCUGGGACGCGCCAUUAAGGAGACAAACGGUGCCUUGGCCCAACAGCAACGUUCGUACCAGAGACGUCGAGGUUCAAACGACGAACUCGCCACAUCACGUGGCGCAACAAGACCCGUCGGGCAGCGAGGGACAGAGUUUGAUCAACACUCCGUUUUCCAGGGACCCGAAUGUCCCGGUCCGAUGUCCACCGGAAGAUUCGAACCGGGCCAAAGCCGGCAAUGUCGAAUCCCAGCUACCCGCGAUCGACCAUAGUCCCGCACGAUCUUCUAACGCUCAUAAUCCUCACUCAAAUAAUUACGAGAAUACUGGGUCAAUACGCUCUAAGAAGAAUGCACCGCCUCCUCCUAUUCCACCGUUCGGCCAAGUGUCACCAGUCCCGCCGAGUCGCAGCUACGACGUUCCCAACUCGGAGGCUCGAGCUAGAAAUAAUUUCGACAGCGGAAACGAUUGGGAAUUCGAUGACAAAGUUAAUCGGAAUACCAGCGCCGUCGCAAGCAAUCGUGUGAAUCCGAUACAUGAGCUGCAAAUGCUGGGUCGUAAGCACAGCAACGACGACGGCGAGGAUCAACCACCAUUCAAUUUUCAGGCGAUGCUAAGGAAAACUCCGCAUCAACGUGCCUCGAUGAAACGUACCAGCGUUUAUGAUAGUUACGCUCCUUCGCCCUCUCCAUACGGGCAUCCGAUCAGUCGCGAGGAACACUACGAAUCCAACGUCGUUUACAGAAGCGGCGGAAGCCGGAGAGACUCCUCCGAAUGGAGUCCCAACGAAAUGAUAAGAAUGUCGGAGAAGUACGGUAGAGAAGGUGCCUGGUCUGCUGGUGGAGAUCGCAACGAUGCCGGCGACGUCUCCGAGAGCGUUACUACCGAACUAGCUCCUGGAAUCGUCGUCGAAGGCUACGUUUCCGAACUCUAAAUUUAUGAGAGAAAGAGAGAGAGAGAGAGAGAGAGAGAGAGAGAGAGAGAGAGAGAGAGAGAGAGAGAGAGAGAGAGAGAGAGAGAGAGAAAGAAAACGCGUCGCUAAUUACUUAGAAUAUAUUCUUGUACAUAUGUAUAUUUUACCGAAACUUUUUGAUAAACCAACGGUCACAAUUUUUUGAUGUAAUAGUUGUUACGAAUAUCUUGAAAUGAGCUACAUAGAUUUCUCCUAGAAGAUCGAAAAUAUCUUCUGUCCGACGUACAAUAUUUCCUUUGAAACAAAGCGCCUCUCAGUGUUUGAAUACGUUCUGAGUGAUUAGCGACACGGCAUAUGGUAAGAAGAGAAUAUAUUUCGAUAAAAUUUUCGAAUUUCCGAUUGCUUUUCCUUCAUCACCAAAUUCCUUCAUAAUCUAAUGGAUAAUGGCACAUUGUGUGUCUCGCAUGUCUCAUUCUCUCACGUAACUUAAAGAAUGUAUUUGUCUCCUUUUCCGCGAUCUCCGAAAAUAUUUAACGAGACGCAUAUUUUGAUUUGUCAACGGGACUGAUUGCACGAAGCCACGAAAAAAGCGCACUUCAUACGUCCCACAUUCGAGCGCAAUUCCUCGAUAAAUUAUAGCAAUUUAUAUGAGCUAUGAUUAAUCUUAUCGACUAUACAAGUAUCGCUUGCAACGAAAUAUAAACAGUAAUAAGAUACGGAUAAUGUACAAUUAUUAUAAAAAAAAAAAAAAAAAUAAAUAAAUAAAAUAUAAAAAUAAAUAAACAAUUUAAAACAUAUAAGAAAAAAAAAAAAAGAAAACUACGUAUGAGUCCCAUUAUCGUAACCCUUUUACAAGAUUACCUAUGUUAAAUAAAAUAUAAAUUUUAUUAUAAAAUCUGUAUAAUUAAAAUAAAAUUACGUUUAGGAUGUUAUACGUGAUAAUGGUUACCGGAAGAGAGAGAGACAGAGAGCGAGAUAGAGAGAUGUUGUCGCUAUAAUUUCCUAAAUAUAGUGCAAUAAAUACGAGGAAGGAAUAACCACA